CAAGUCGAGAUCUGCCUGCCAUCGAAUCCACAAUCACUCGCAGGCUUCACUAUCGCCUCUGUGGUGUUGACGGAAACUAUUCAUGCAGCCUACUUAUAUCGGCGAGCACGGACAUAACAUACAUUUAGUCACCGGGCACGAAGAGCCUGUAACCGAUUAAUCGAUCUAAUCGUAUUGUGCAUGAUAGUUAAAUGUUCUUACUUUACGCACGUAGAAUAGACUAGGCAACAUCAAUCCACAGCAAGGUACCUGUUGAUUUGAAUAGGCUUCCUCACAGCCGUCCGCUGCUUGGGAGUACUACGUUGGUUUUUUGGGAGAUCUGCGGCUACAGAUGGAUCGGAGUCCAUUGGGAGGUUGUCAUUCGUUUACCCGGGUUGUGUGUUACAGAGGCGGCUACAGAUGGCGAUGAUCCUCGGCUUUUAAGAGGUGGACCGCCCGGCAGCGUCCUUUAGGAACGUCAACAUCCUCACUAUCAGCUACCGAGGGAGGGGGGCAUGGGUAACCAGGUGGAUAAAAUUAAACUGUCACAUCCAAGUUACGCAGAAGUUCCCACAGUGGACCCCAACGGGCUGGACACUGAGGAAGGUCCACGGAUCGGAGUGUCUUAUAUUUUCUCAACAGAUGACGAGGAACCGGAGGGUGAAAACAGUAACGUAGAUGGAGCGGAUAAAGAGCACCAGACUGCUACGGAACAGAAACACCACAAGAGAAACGAGGUGGAGUGCGCCGUUUACCACCGGGGGGAAUGUAUUUAUGAGAAGAGCGUUAAGACCGCGGGCAUGGAAAUAUACUCCCCUGAGAAUCUACUAAACAAAUGCAAGGCAGGUGACCUGCUGGAGUUUGUAACAACGGGACAGUACCCCCACUGGGCGGUGUAUGUCGGUGACUUCCAGGUGGUGCACCUGCACAGAGCAGAGAUAAAGAAUAACUUCCUGACAGACGCCAGCCAGGGAAGGAGAUGUAGGAUAGUCAACGAGCUGUAUAAAUUCAAAGCCCUCGGCGUCGAGAUGGUGGUUCAGAACGCUAUGGAACAGGUAGGAGCUAAAGACGGAGAGUUGAGCUGGAGAAAUUCAGAGUGUUUUGCCGCUUGGUGCAGGUUUGGCAAACGAGAGUUCAAAAUGGGUGGGGAGAUCCGGAUAGGAAAACAGCCAUACAGGUUAAAGAUCCUGAUGUCAAAUAAACAGUCUCACAUGCUGGAGUUUCAGUGUUUGCAGGACUUGAUCACGGAGAAGAGGAGACAGGACCAAGUGGGAAGGACAUCAGUGGACCAGGAGCUGGCCAAUCAUUUGAACAGUGUGGAAGAGAUCAGAAGUGAUCCACUCAGUGAUCCAAUAACUGCACAGAUUGCUCAGUGAUCCAAUAACAGCACAGAUUGCUCAGUGAUCCAAUAACAGCACAGAUUGCUCAGUGAUCCAAUAACAGCACAGAUUGCUCAGUGAUCCAAUAACAGCACAGAUUGCUCAGUGAUCCAAUAACAGCACAGAUUGCUCAGUGAUCCAAUUACAGCACAAUAAAUGGCACAUUGUGUGUUUUUUUUGACGAAUAGAAUCAAAUGGCACAUUGUGGUUUUUGAUGAAUAGAAUCAAAUGGCACAUUGUGGGUUUUGAUGAAUAGAAUCAAAUGGCACAUUGUGGUUCUUGAUGAAUAGAAUCAAAUGGCACAUUGUGGUUUUUGAUGAAUAGAAUCAAAUGGCACAUUGUGGUUCUUGAUGAAUAGAAUCAAAUGGCACAUUGUGGUUUUUGAUGAAUAGAAUCAAAUGGCACAUUGUGGGUUUUGAUGAAUAGAAUCAAAUGGCACAUUGUGGUUUUUGAUGAAUAGAAUCAAAUGGCACAUUGUGGUUUUUGAUGAAUAGAAUCAAAUGGCACAUUGUGGGUUUUGAUGAAUAGAAUCAAAUGGCACAUUGUGGGUUUUGAUGAAUAGAAUCAAAUGGCACAUUGUGGUUUUUGAUUGAUGGAAGAAAGAUAUUCUGCAUCUUUGAGACUAUGAUUUGUUUAUGUUUCAUAAUGAUUAAUAUGAUAAUAUAUUUUGCAUGUUUUCAUGUCUGUAACAGGAAACGAUCAUACAUUCAUACCUAAGGUUAUGUCAUUCUGAUGAAAACAUGUCGUAGAGUAUAGGUUGAUCAAUCAUCUAGCUUAUUGUACCGUACCAAUCAUCUGAGUCAAGUAAAUUAUCAUUACAUCUUUGCAAUCAAA